UCCCUCGUUCACUCCCAUCACGCAGCUCAGUUCACGCACAGAAACGCGUGUUUUUCUUCUCAACUCUCCAGUUGUGACUCUUUAACCCACUUUACCUCCUUCACUCUCCCUCUCUCUUUUCUGUCUUUCCAUCUCACUCUCGUCUCCGUCUCUUCCGCGGUUGUAGAGUCUUCCUCUCCUCCGCCUCCUCUUCUUCCUCCUCUCUCUCGGCUUCGUGUUAAAAUCCAGUUUUGGUGAAAAGUACGUGAAGACUUUUCUUACUUUUCUCUUCUUCCUGAUCUUCCUCCUGCUGCUGCAGGUGCGUCGCUGUCCGCGGUGCUGAAAGUCAGACGACAACAUUUUCAUCGAAGAGAAACGAAAACUCCUCUGUCUGUUUUCUCCCUCUUUUUGACGAUAAAGAGCCUGAAGUGGAGCAGCUGAUCCUAGGAAGAACUGACAGUGACGCCCUGCUGCGGUGUGAUCCGGUUCCGCAGGACUCAUCUCUUCCUCAUCUUCAGACAGAGGAAGAAGAAGGGAAGCGGAUGACCGUCAUGGUGUAUUUGUGUGUGAAGACUCCGCUGGAAUUAUGACUCUCAAUCCCCUCUGUUUUUAAGUAAUUUGAAGAAUUAUUUGCUGGUAUUAUUUCGGGGCUUUAAAAGUAAACGGAAAGUUUUUUUUGGGAUCAAACUCAGACUCACAAACUCCUCACGUCCAACUUUAAGAACCCUGAAGGACCAGAUGUUGGUUUGAGGAGAGGACAAACCUCAGGAGACCAUGAUGGAGGCCACGAACGGUUCCAGUUUCGGGAUCGACUCGCUGCUGUCCCACAGACCCGGCAGCCCCGUGUCCAAGGCGGGCAGCGUGGCGGCAGAGUUCAGUCCGCGCUCGGACGCGGAGAGCGGCUGCUCGUCGUCAUCACCGCCUCCGUCUCCGCCGCUUCCGCAGGAGCGGCAGCAGAGGCACGGGCUGCCCCCCCCCCCCCCUCUCCAACAACAGCAGCAGCAGCAACAGCAGCAGCAAAGAAGCGUCACCUCCUCCUUCCUCAUCAGAGACAUUUUGGCGGACUGUAAACCGCUGGCCGCCUGCGCUCCUUACUCCAGUAACGGACAGCCGGCGGCGGCGCAGGAGGCGGGGAGGCUCGCGACCAAGAUCCCCGACGAUUUUAUGGAGAAAAUUCACAGCAACUCUUCUUCAGACAGCGAGUACAACAAAGUGAAGGAGGAGGGGGACCGGGAGAUCUCCAGCAGCAGAGAAAGUCCGCAGGUUCGGCUGAAAAAGCCCAGAAAAGCUCGCACGGCCUUCACGGACCAUCAGCUGGCUCAGCUGGAGCGGAGCUUCGAGAGACAGAAGUACCUGAGCGUCCAGGACCGGAUGGAACUGGCGGCUUCACUCAACCUGACCGACACCCAGGUCAAGACCUGGUACCAGAACCGCAGGACAAAGUGGAAGCGUCAGACGGCGGUCGGUCUGGAGCUUCUGGCUGAAGCAGGAAACUACUCGGCCCUACAGAGGAUGUUCCCCUCCCCUUAUUUUUACCCACAAAGCCUGAUGUCCAACCUGGACCCCAGCGCUGCCCUCUACCUGUACAGGGGCCCAGCAGCCGCACCACCCCCGGCCCUGCAGAGGCCCCUGGUGCCCAGGAUCCUGCUCCAUGGUGUACAGGGAGGCAGCGAGCCACCGCCCCCGCUGCCCCCUAUGGGUGGAGUCCUGCCCCGGCCCACACAGCAGCGAUGAACGGCCCUGCACUAAUCUGUCUGAGACUCAUUACAACAGAGACAGAAGCAAAAGAUUUAAAAAGAAGACGAAGAAGAAGAAGAGGAGGAGGAGGA